AAGUCAAACAUUCAAAAUUCAAUCAGUAUUACUGUGGUUUUGGUCUCAUAGUGUAUUGUGUUCAGUGUUAUAAUUCAACAUGGAUGAGACCCAAGCCGACGCAAGCGCCAGUGAAAGGCAGGAGACAAAUUCAAGCGUUCCAGUUGAAAUACGAACGAAACCGUCGUUUAAUCCCAACGAGCUCUACUAUGAUAUGAGCGGAAUCAAAUACUUGUACAUUUUUAAUCAUUAUGAGUUUCAAAAAACUAAAUAUUUCAAUAACACACAGCCCACCACAAGAGAAGGAACACAUAAGGACGUUAGUAGACUAACAGAGGUAUUUGGAACCCUCGGAUUCAAAGUUAAAGUAUUCAAUGAGAAAGAGCAUCGACAAAUCUUGGAUGAAAUCACAGAAAUAACGUCUAAAGAUCAUAAAGAGGCGUCAUGCAUAUUCUUCGCAUUUCUAUCACACGGUGACAAGGGUGGUAUAAUCUACGCCGCAGAUCGUCCUUAUCAAUUCAAGGACGUUUUAGCUAUACUUGAAAAUUGUCAUUCUAGUCUGCUGGGAAAACCUAAAGUAUUGUUCGUUCAGGCUUGCAGAGGAUAUCAAAUAGACAGCGGCAGGAGAAUAGAGUUAGAUAGUUCUGGGCGGGCUUCUUAUCUUAUCCCCACACACGCAGAUUUUCUCGUACUGUACUCAACUGUUGAAGAUCACAUCUCAUACAGAAACGUAUACGGCUCAUUCCUGAUCCAAGACCUAUGUGACAUUAUCGAGGCUUACCGCGAGUUCUAUGACCUGCUGCACAUGCUGACGUUGGUGCACAAUAGGGUUGCUUUUCAUCGUUCUACCUAUACGCCGUCAAAGUUGAGAAAUCACAACAAAAAGCAGAUGCCGGAGACCAAAUAUUCCCUUACUAAGCUGAUAAGGCUUUAAGUCGCUCAAAGGUUGAAAAAAACCAGUUAAAAUUGGUCAUAUAACAUUAUAUAUAUUAUAAUUAAACAUUAUUUAGUUUGAAGGACUUAUUAAAUAACACGAAACUUAAUUUACAAAAAAUAUUAUGGUUAAUGAUUAUCGUACGCGACUAAUACAGACUUAAAUAAAAGAUUUACGGUUUCAUUUAAGCGCGAUAUUAUUAAUUAAUUUUAUUCUUGAUGUCUCUAGAUGUUUCCAUCACCUACUUUACCGCAGUUGUAGUAUCACUGUGUUGUUGAAUAAAGUAAUAACUAAA